AUGUCACAUUACUGGAUAUUUAUCACGUUCUCGUGGUUCGGGUCAGCUAGCCUCCAGUACAUCAACACAGCAGGAGCGGACGGCGAAGCCCUAAUGGAUCCCCUCGACUCUACAAUUCAUUUUCCACCUUUGCCUUACGUCAAUUAUUUCAACUACCCCGCCAGGAACGACGUCGAAACAUUACAGAAUUACGAGAACGUUGAACACAAUGAAUUCUAUCCACGCGAUCACCAACAACCGGAGGUGCAGAGGAAAAGGCGGACUGCUGAAGACCAUACCAGUCCAGGUGACCAGUGGAAACCAAACCUCGUGGACUUAGACAAGACUUUAUACAUUCGCAAUGACGAUAAGCUGAACCCGUUCAUCAUUCAAGGACUGUCCGGCAGAGUAGAGGGAAAUUCAUCAGAGGUGAUGAACUCCCUCGAAAAGAAAAGCUUCAGUCCAUGGGGUGGCAAGCGUGACGCCAUGGAACACAUGUGGACCUGGAAACGCUCGCAGGCGAUUAGAGAACCCAGUAUGCCGAAACGAGUUCGGUUCAGCCCAUGGGGUGGUAAACGCAGUGGCCAGAUGAUUUAUAAGCCAGGAGGUAAAGCCUCAAAGGUUAUUUUCUCCACUUCAGUGCCGGAAAUAACACGCAUCGUUUCGAACUAUUCUCCUAAGGGGAGGCUCGAUUUGGCUGGAUUCCAGAUAGUCCCUUCGCUAGACAAGCGGCACCCGAUCAAAAUCCUCGCACUGAGCACACAAUUCGACGAGAAAACUACAAAAGACGCCUUGCCCUUCAACACGUUUAUGGAAAGUUUGCCGCGGACUUUUAAAAUGGGUCAUCCAUAUGUCGACGUGAACCUCAAGAAAGAUGGCAAGAGGAAAGUGAAGUUUAGCGCCUGGGGAGGGAAGCGGUCCCCUCCUAUCAUCGGACCGAUUUGGACUCCUGCAGCGGAGACCGUCAAGGACUCCACGUUAGAUACAAUUGUACUGAUUCGAAAUCGAGAGAACGACGAAAACUCAUCGAAAAUGUACUAA